AUGAAGCACCUGCUCGUCCUCAACCUCACGCUCACUGCCGAGUACGAGCGCAGCCACGAGAGCGACGACAAUAACAAUACGAAAAUUGACAAUAACAGCCGCAGCAACAUGGAUAAGGAUGAAACCCAGAGUCACACAAGCAAAAUCACCGACUGGAGAAACAGCACUGAUCGAGACUGUAACCAUGGCAACGGCAUUCAUGAGCCAGAUCUCCAUCAACACCACGGUGAUUUUUAUUGUCAUGAUGGCUCCCCCUCCCCCUCCCCCUCCAACCCCCAUCACUCCAUCCCUCUCCACCUCCUCCACGCCCCCGAUCAGUCCAGCUGCCGUCUGCACCUCCAUCUCCUCUGCCGCCUCCCCCCCACAGCAGGACAGUAUCACCUCACGGCGUCUGUCUUCUCCGCUCGUCAUCCUUCGUCAGUGCUGCGCUCCACUGCUUCGCCUCAGGCCUUCAAGGUGUAUGAGCAGAUCUGUGCCCUGAGGCCUUCUGGGAGCUGGACGUCAGCCGCUCAAACGCACGUACAGUUCAGCCUGGAGGUCGUCAGCCAAGCCGGGCGUUAUGAUGUCACAGUUGAGGCUUUGAACCCAGUCAGCCGGGCCUCAUUCCAAACACACAUCCUGGUUCAGGAUCCCGUUGGAGAGCUGGAGUUGAGCGUUCCACAUGUGAUCAGAACAAAUCAGAAACAGGCGGUUUUAUUUAGCGUCGCAGCAGGAUCAAACGUGACUGUGUCUCUGCUGGUCAACGGAACCUUACUGUACAGAAACAGCAGCUACGCCACAGGAGAGGAGGCGGCAGAGGUUCUGCUUUUCGACCGAGCCGGGACAUUUCCGUUUGAGCUCAGAGCCGAGAAUCAAGUGUCUUCUCGAAACAAGAGCGUCAGAGUGUGUGUUGAGGAAAACAGGAAGUCGUCACCACAAGUUACAGUUGAUCCAGACUGGGAACAACCCAACAGUCAAAUUCCCAGCCUCGGAGACAAUGCAGUGCGGAUCUAUGCAGAAAAGCCGGCUUAUCCCACGAACACAGAUGUAACCUUCGUGGCUGUGGCUGAUGCACCAGAGCCUGUGGAGUUCAUGUGGCACUUUGGAGACUCCAUGUCAGUCAGAACUACCUCGAGAACCGUCACCAAAAGAUACAACAAACCCGGCAGGUUUGAUGUAUUUGUGGAGAUGUCUGCUGGUCAGGCAUCCGUCACCUCUGACCUGCUCCCUCUGGUGGUCCAGAGAGCGGUGAAGCUCAACAGGCUCGUCCACCAGGCCUCGGUGCUGCAGAAUCAGAUGGUAACACUGAGCUGCCGGGUCAACGUGGGCACCGACCUCACCUUCCACUGGAGCUUCGGGGACGGCUCAUCCAGGCUGGGACAGAGCACGGAGCAGCACGUGUUCCACAGAACAGGGGAGUUCAGAGUCGAGGUGACCGCCUCUAACCUGGUCAGCUCCGCCUCUCUGAGCAGUCACAUCUUUGUUGUGGAGCGACUGUGUCAGCCUCCAUCAGUCAAAAACAUGGGUCCUCCCAAACUACAGGUGCGUAGGUUUGAGGUUAUCCGUCUGGGGGUGACCUACGAGACUGAAAUUGACUGUGACACAUCAGGAGGCCUUCAGUACACCUGGACUCUGUUGGACUCUGCAGGCCGGAGUAUCCGUCUGCCACACACAGACACACACAGACAGAGUCUCACACUGCAGAGCCACCUCCUGCAGUACGACACCUACAGCGCCACAGCCAGGGUCCAGGUCAUCGGUAGUGUUGUGUAUAGUAACUACAGUGUGAGGGUUCAGGUGAUGCCGAGUCCUCCUGUGGUUUUUAUCCAGGGUGGCACCAACGUCUUCAUUAACAGCGGGAACACCACCCUACUAACCCUGGACGGGCAGAGAUCUUACGACCCCGACUUCCCCAUGAACCUGCUCAGCUACAGCUGGACAUGCAAACCACUCAGCUCCAUCAGCACCUCCUGUUUCAACCAACACAUUGCUGCCUCCUCGCCCGUGCUCACUGUUCCUCAUGGUUUCUUAAAACGUGACUUUGACCAGUUCCAGUUCACGCUCACCGUACGCAGCGGGGAGCGCUCAGCUUCUACAGAGACCUUCCUCACAGUCAAACCAAAUCUGAUUGGGAAGUUGUCCGUUUCCUGCCCUCGUUGCCAGGGCGACCAGGUGAACUGGGAUCAGUGGUUCUCUGUCGACACCGGGUGUGAAGCCUGUGAUGUUUCCCUCGCUCACAUCACAUACACCUGGAGUCUGUUCCUGGUCGACGCCUCCUCCAGACCUGUCAUAGAAGUGCCAUUUUGUUCCACAAUGGAUCUCGGUGCUCCCUCCAAAAUCACCGAGGAUCAGACUGCUGAGACGUCCACCCUGAGUCCGUCUGACACAUCACACGACGCCCGACCUGAUCUCAGGACGCGGAGAAUUGGAGUGAGAAGGCAAUAUCUCGGCCUGACUGACGGAGAGGAGCCCUCCUAUCAUUCCCCAGGAGAGUUUCCCUCUGGCGAGCAUCACCCCUCCACUGACUACCCGCCACUCACCCUUGACAGCAGCAGAGACCUAUAUUCAGAGCAGUUUGGCCAAAGGGACAUUAUCAGUGAAUUCCCAGUUGACACCGACGCCUCUGCUGAGUGGGAGUUUUCUUUUCCUGUCCUGGAGGCGGGAGACAUGGGAGAUCAAGAGUCAGAUUACGACGUCCACUCCCCACAUGCAGAGGAAGGAGAUCCUGGGAGCUCUGCAGGAAGACCCACAGGUUUGGAUGGUGAAACAUUCAGUCCCGCAGAGCAUGAAUCUGAGGGCAGUAAUCUGGUGGUUUCCAGACCCUCUGUCCUGAUCCAGGAGCCAACUUUACUUGAUUUGCCCCGAGACCCAGUGGACGGAGACGUUUUCAAGUCCUACACUUACACAGGAAUUUCCUCCUCGACGCUCAGGGUCAGACCCUUCAGUCUGAGGCCGGGGAGCAGAUACAUGUUGGAGGUCACAGCCAAAUGUCGGAACAGUGUUGUCGGCCGGACUCAGCUGUUCUUGAAAACCAAGCCUGCUCCGGAGGACGUGAAGUGCCAGGUGCAGCCGGUCAGAGGGACGGAGCUACACACACACUUCAGCAUCUUCUGCACGUCAGGGAAAGAGGAUCUACUGUAUGAGUACAGCUUCAGUGUGGGAGGCAGACCCCGUAGGGUGCUGUACCAGGGGAGAGAUUUCCAAUACUACUUCAGCCUUCCUGCAGGUGACGCCAGUGAUGACUAUAAAGUAACUAUUUAUACUGAAAUCCGAAGCAGCACAUAUGGGACGUCCACUAAACCUUGUCCCGUCAGCGUCCGAGUCCAGCCAAGCUUCCUCAGAGACACAUCCUCCCAUCAGGACCCUGACCUCGAGCUGUCAGCGGCAGGUCUGAGGAACCUGUCGGCUCUGCUGCAGCUGGGGAACAGUCAUGAGGUUCGUAACUACGUCAGUGUUCUCUCCACCGUCCUGAACAGACUCAGUCUGGACGCCGAGAUCAACACACAUGCACAGAGACUCAUCCGCAACGUGCUCAUUUGCACAGUGUUUGAGCUCGAGAGCGGUACAGCGGAACAGGAGUCAAUGAUCGACAGCAUCUGCAUUUUAAAAGACCUUUUACAAGUUUCAAAUCAGGUAUCUUUAGCAAGUGUCAGACACGUGACACUUCACAUUCAGACCAUCUCAGACCUGUUUUUGGAAUCCAGCGCUUCACUCCGUUAUCAUCUGGACCACGAGACCCUCGACUCUCUGCUCGUCCUGCUGUCGUACGUCCUGCAGGCUGCUGUCACAGAUCAUAGCAACACACCGGAAACACCCAACAUGGGCAAUAUCACACAGGUGCUGGAGUCAGACUCGGUAAUUACCAUUGCGUCUCCCAGGAGCUGCAUACCAGCAUCCUCCAGUGUUCCCAUCAAACAGGGAGGUUCAAUUUCAGCAGAGCAAAGGACACGGCUUGUUGAUGAUAUUCUGCAGACUGCCUCAGACCUGAUGCUGAAGUACAUUUUCUUGCACAAGGUCCAGCAGCACAGAGUCAGCACAGGCCUCAUCUCUUUAUACGCUGCAAACCAAAACCAAACCUCCACGGUCAUCAGCAGCGGCUCAACCACCUUCUACCUGCCUCCCCCCCUGAUCCAGCUUUUGUUUGUGCAUGGCAGUGGAGCAGCAGAGGGGACGCAGCGGCAGCCAUGCGUGCUCAGCGUGUUGACCACGCUCACCCUCAACCCUUACACCUCUGGUGAUUUGCAGCUCACUGGACCAGUGGUUGACUUGAGUCUGUACAAGUGCAGCGGGAGGAGAAAGAUCCCUGUCCGUUCCCUCAAUCAGCCAAUCCACGUCAAGCUGCAGCAUCCACCAGGAAACAAGAGCUCCGUGCGUGAGUACGUCCUCCUCCGUAGCCAGGUCAACUACCACAGCUUCAACAUCACCAGGGAACAUCUGCAGCAGGUCAUCCAGCUGAGCGUGGCGUUCACGCCGCCGCCCGACAGAGUGUUUCCCAUCAUGCUGCUCUUCAGGAUGUUCGAGAGGCCGACUCCCAGCAUGCACCACCUGCACAGGACUCAUCACUGGGAGAGCAACAACAUACGUAUCACUCUGCCCUCGUCCUACCUCAACGCUGCAGGGGUCGGUCACCUGGCUCUGCUGAAUGCUCAUUUUGGGAAAGAGCGCAGACACAAGCAGCUGAGUGAAGAGAUCAGCUACAGUCUCACUGUGGUCAGCAGUCAAUGUUUGACCUGGGAUGUCCACCAGGGGGCCUGGACACAUCUGGGCUGCAGGACACGGCAAGAAGACACAACAGCUGCUGUCAACUGCAGUUGUCACCAGUUGAGGCCUCUGACUGUGGUGCAGCAGCAGAUCCACACCAGACAUGACACAGCUGAUCUGGACCCUUUCCUAAGUGUGUCCCGAGAUCUGACUGUGCUGGUCGUCAUGGUGCUGUGUGUGUGCCUGUACAUCCCCGGGCUGGUGGCUUGUAAGAGAGCUGACAACGUCUCAGAGAAGAAUGGAAGAGUCCAUUAUCUUUCUGACAACUCUCCAUUGGACCCACAUCUUUAUGCUGUAACCGUCCACACUGGUGUCUGCUCUGCAGCCAAUAUGAGCGCCAAGGUGUACAUGAAGCUGUACGGUGAAGAUGGGAUCUCACACACAAGAGAAUUACAAGUCCCAGGAUGCACUCUGUUCAGGAGAAACUCUCAGGACACAUUUAUACUGAGUGCAGCAGACAGCUUGGGCUCCGUGCGGAGGGUUCACAUCUGGCAUGACGGCUCUGGACCUUCCCCGAACUGGUACCUCAAACAUAUGGAGGUAUCUGAGGUGACCAGUGGACAUGUUAAGGGACGCGUGUGGCUCUUUGUGGGUCAGUGCUGGUUGGCCGUGAACAAAGGGGAUGGCCAGGUGGAGAGAACACUGUGUGUUUGCACCCACGGAAUAGGCUUUGCUAAGAUGUUGUGCUUUAAAUUAUCCGACUUCUUGGCCGACUUCCACAUCUGGAUGUCUGUGUACCGCUGCCCCUGCCCUAGCUUGUUCACCCACACUCAAAGACUCAGUGUGUGUCUGCUGCUGCUGUUGGGGUACGCAUGUGUCAACACACUCAUCAUAUCUCAAAUGGACGAUCAGCUACCGAUGGAGUUGGGUAUUCUUGAUGUAUCCGCUGUCUCUGUGACAACAGGACUGUUGAGUGUGGUGGCAGUGUUGCCUGGAACAACAAUGAUAUCUUUUCUGUUUCGACUGCAUGAGGUCAAGCUGACAAGGUCGGGAGCCCAACAUGCAAAAGGCAGAAAGACUGAGAAUGCUGACUCUGAAGAUGCCCUUCCACUAAAUCACAGUGGGUUCCAUCCCUCCUGGAGCCGUGUGCAGCGGUGGAUGCAAGAAACCUGGAGGAAGAAAUACCAGGGAACAAACUUGCAACCACUGUCCACUGCGAUGCUGGAAAAUAAAGAACCUGAAAACCAACCAGAUGUGAUGGUAAGAAAGGACGAUGAUCCGGCAGUUGAGAGCAGCGUGGGACUAGCGAUUCGGAAAUUGUCAUUCAUUAUAAAAGGGGAAAAGGAUGAUAGAGGAACUCUGGGAAAAGAAAUUAAUCUUUCAAGUGAAAGCAACAAGUUUUGUGGGAUCCAGAAAGAUGUUUUGUCUGUAUGUAUGAGAGAGGAAGAUCAAGACAAGAAGAGAAAAGUUGGACGAGCGUCCCGUUGGUGUCAAUCAUUGGCCUGGACCCUCUGUCUGCUGCUGUCCCUCUCCUGCCUGGGGCUCUCUGCAGUGCUGGGAAUGAGAUUCAGCAGCAGCAAAGUUUUGCUUUGGAUCCACUCCCUAUUUUUCUCCCUGGUUUCUUGCAUCUUCUUCAUCCAGCCGGCCGCGAUACUCACUGUAGCAGUGAUCGUCUCCUGUCGGUACAGAAACAGAACCGACUUUCAUUCUUUCUCCACAAUUAAAGAGUUUGAGAUUCAACUGUGCAGCCACAGUGGUGCUAACCGAUCAGAGGAGCAGUUCAGGCCUCCUGCUUUCCCUCAGGACACAAGCUCAUCCCUCAACAAGCUGCUUGCUGCUCGUCAGCGAGCUCGCUACCUGCGUCUUGUGCGGCCGCCGGCUCCGGCAGAGCUGAGGAGAAGUCGUGGGAGGAGAAGAAGAGAGACUCUCAUCAAUGACACUCUCAGGGAUUUGUUCAUCUGUGUCUCCAUGAUCGCCCUGAUGCUGUGUGUAACAUAUGGCAGCUCAUUCAGUCACCAUUAUCAUCUCAAUAAAGCUGUCAGAAAACAGUUUAUACGGAAUGCUGAUAAUGACUUUAUGUCCAUAAGAACACAUGAGGACUGGUGGAGGUGGACAGAGACCAGCCUGCUCAAUCUGCUGUACAAGAAUGCAUCAACAAAAACUCAGCAGUCACACAUCCUGAUGGGAGAGCCAAUCCUGUGGAAGUCAGAGGCAUCGAGCUCGUUCCAGGAGCAGGUUCCCAGGUUGACUUUUAUACCAGGACGUCUUCACUCAUUCUUCUCAAGGAGCGGAGCAUCCACUUACCCUCACUCCAUUGUCAUGGUUCCCACGGCAACGGCCCAGCAGACAUGCGGUGGCCUGGGCUGCUACUCUGGGCCGAGUACUACAAUUGGCUUAGGCCACACAAAGUCGGACGCCACAUCCAAACUGAAUCUCCUGCACUCAGGCGGCUGGUUGGGUAGAAGGACGGUGGCCCUGAAGGUCCAGUUCACCUUGUACAGCCCUGCACCCAACUUGUUCACCAGUGUGACCCUGCUCACUGAGCAGAGCUCCACCCGAGUCCUGGUGCCCUCUUCUAAAGUGCAGUCUGUCAGGGUGUACCACACUCCUGCUGUGUGGGACUAUGUUGUUAUGGUGUGCCAGCUCAUCUUCCUCCUUCUGUCUCUACUGCAACUCUGUCUUCAAGUUAGCACAGUGAAGCAGCAAGGGCUGAUGGGAUACUGGAGGAGACCUCGCAACUGGCUAGAACUCACUCUCCUGACAGUGACCCUCGUGUAUUAUGUUUAUUACAUCCAUCACUCCGUCAUCAUCCUGGAGGCUGUGGAGCUGCUGCAGGGACACAGAGGACAUGUGGAUGUCAGCGUCCUGGCUUCAUGGGAACAAGAGGUUCAUGCUCUGCGUGGCGUUACACUUUUCCUUCUCACCUUGAAGUGUGUGACUGUGCUGAGCGUGAGCAGGACCUUGGCUUCCUCUGCUGCACUGCUCACUCGCUCCCUCUCUACCCUCCUCUGGCCAACGUUUUCAGGUCUGAUCCUGUUGGUGGCGCUGUCCUGUGCUGGGAAUCUUCUGUUUGCACAAAGCUCCUGGGCUUUCAGCUCCCUUCCUCGCUCCCUUCAGACUCUGCUCUGUCACUUCUGGGCUCUCAAACCCAGCAGGAGCCUCCAUCGUGUUCUCUCUGGACGAGACUUCCUGUACAGUGGAGCUCUCUAUCUGUCUUCCACUGUGGUGUGGACAGCAGGGGUUCUCAGUUUGGUGUGCGCUGUGGUCAGAGUUGCCAAAAGAUCUCAGAGCAGGUGGGACGUCUUCACCGGGGCAGAAUUAGCGCGUUACAUCAGACGGAGGAUUUCUGAGGUCACUGGGCAGCGUGAACUCAAAUGGAUCGAUGACCACGUGGAGAGCAGAACUUACUACCUUGAAGAGUUUGAGAGCCUGGUGGACGAGCUGCUGUUCCGACUCAACACUCUCUCCAACGGUCUGCAUCACACGUUUCCUCUGAAAGUCCAUCAGGACGCAGUGGAGCAGAGUGCCGUCACCUCACCUGUACAGGAACCCUCCAACACGGACACACAGGACUUUGUGAGAAGACUUGUGGCACAAGAAACAAUCAGGUCCGAGCUUGAGAUGCUGCAGCGAGGAGGCCAACGGAGAAAUGAUCAGUCCUCGGAUGUUGUUUUACCAUUUGAUAAUCUGCAGAAAACUGGAGAAAGUCACAAAGAAAAUCUAAAUGAGAGAAAGCUACAGACUUACUCAACGGGACAAAACUGCUUGUCCCGCCCAGAUUCGACAUCACUCAUCAGGAUAUGGACAGAAGAUGAUCUGGAGAAGCAAACACAGACUAAAACUCGGGUGACCCACACAGAGGUGGUGGUGGAGGUUCUGGUGCACGAGGAGCCUGGAAGUUCAGAAAAACAGGAGGGUAGGAAGAUGUAGCAGGCUCUUCAGGCUCAGAUACUGCAAGUAAUUCAAAUUAUUAAAAGUUUUAAAAGUCUGCAUUGUAACGGAAAUAAAC